CAUUUACGAAAGCGCAAGUGUAUUUGCGAUAUAUAUUUUAAUAUACUCGUAUAUUUUUGUAUGAAUAAGAUAAAGGGCCAUUAACAUUGAUUUACAAUACGUUUCUUUAUUAGUGAUCUCGAUAGAUUUAUUUAGAGAAUUUCGAUUGAGAAAAUAUCUCAAGAAAGUUGGGAAGUUGAGGGCUAUCGCGCAGAAUGCCGAAAGUAAAACAAAUCUCUAUGGAGGAGGAAUACAAGAAGAACCCAGAUAUAUCUCCAGAGGAUAUUAGAAAACUACGGGAAUGGCUGAAGACACAACCUCAUCUACCUAGUGAACAUAUUUCGGAUCUUGACCUGCUCCUAACAUACCACUGCUGCGAGCGGAGUGCAGAAGUGUCAAAACAGGUGCUCGACCUCCAUCUCACAUUAAGGAAUCUCUUCCAUGGCCUCUUCCAAAAUCGUGUUCUGGAUCAACGGCUUCAAAUGACUUUAGAUACUGUGUUAAUAGCACCGCUUCCGACGCCAUCUGUCCACGGCUACAAAGUCAUAUACGGCCGUCUCUUGAGCCCUGAUCAUCGAAGCUUCAUAUUCAGUGAUGUGGUCAAGUUGUUCAUGAUGAUGUUCGAUCUGUGCCAGUAUGAAGAGGGGACUUGGCCUGGAUUCGUUCUCAUUAUAGACAUGGACCAAACAACUAUUAGUCAUUUGGGGAAGUUAGAUGUUAUGACUGUACGCCAGACGCUGUAUUUCUUACAGGAAUGCAUGCUGGUAAAGUUAAAAGAGGUGCAUUUUCUGAACGCACCGUUCUUCAUGGAUAAGCUGAUGAUGCUCUUGAAGCCGUUCAUGAAGAAGGCACUGCUAGACAUCAUCAGGAUUCACCAACGGGAUACGAACACUUUGGAAAAGUUUGUGGAGAAAAGCAGUCUGCCUAAAGAUGAUGGAGGGGAGUAUAUGAGUCGGAAUACUCUUAAAGAGGAACAAAUACGACGCAUAGAAGAUAAUUUGGACUUCUUCAAAAACGAGAGUCAAAGGCGAGUGAACGAAGCAUUAAGACAGGGCAAAAAGGCAUCUAUUGAAGAAAUUUUUGGUUUACAGGGUAGCUUUAAGAAACUCGACAUCGAUUAAAAUGUAUGGUAUAAAGAAAUAAAUUAUUAGUUUAAAAUG